GUACUAGUAAGGCAAAAUAAAAAUUGAAUUAAAAAAAGAAACAUGACAACUAAUCUAAGCUUUAAAAGUUUAAAUAGGAAAGUAAGGUCAAUACAUUGCUCACACAUACAUAACAUAACAUCAUCUUUCUCUUCCUUCUCUUAUUGUCUUCCUAAACACUUUGAUCAUCUUAAUAUUAAGGCUCUCACUUAAUCUAAGUUUCCUAAAAUAAAUUUCAUUACUCUUUUGAUUUUCUUCUAAGUUGGAGUAAUUAUUUCUAUUAUUAAUAUUAGGGUUAUCUAAUUAAUAAUUAGGCACUUUGCUAAAAAUAUAAUGGUUCAUAAAUCAGUGAAUAAAACAAAACCAAAAAUAAAGCAUAGGAAAGGUUUAUGGUCACCUGAAGAAGAUGAUAGGCUAAGAAACUACAUUCUUCAUCAUGGCCAUGGAUGUUGGAGCAAUGUUCCCAUUAAUGCUGGACUGCAAAGAAAUGGAAAGAGUUGCAGAUUAAGAUGGAUUAAUUACUUAAGACCAGGGCUUAAGAGGGGUACUUUGAGCCCCCAAGAAGAAGAAACUAUUCUAGCCCUUCAUUUUGCUUUCGGAAAUAAAUGGUCUCAAAUAGCACAACAUUUGCCAGGGAGGACUGAUAAUGAAAUUAAGAAUUUUUGGCACUCUUAUCUCAAGAAGAAGGUACCAAGGAGAGAAAAAAAUGAACCCAUAUCAGAAACCCAAUUAACUAGCUCAACCCUCCAAGAGUCACCGGUAAACUCGAACGCCACGACUUCAAGUUCCGAUCAAGGAUCUACAAUGAAUAAUGUUACUCAAUUAGCUAGCAACAAUCAAAGUGCCUUACCGAGAAUAUUCUUUGCUGAAUGGUUUAACUUGGAUAAUACUUUAAACAAUAAUAAUAAUGGACAUUAUAACGCCCAAGUUAAUCAAUUUCCUAGCUACAAUAAUUAUUAUUCCAAGGAUAUUGGUCAUGUUGCAUGUAAUUUGGAUUUGGAGGAUGGUCGUACGCAAAGAUUUACGUACAACGAAGGAUCAUGUAGCAAUGAUGAAUUGUACUCGUAUAAUGAAGCAGAAAAUGUUGCGUUUGAUUCACAGUUCAAAAUUGGAGAUCAGAAUUCAGAGAAUGUGCUGAGUGAUUUUUUAUAUGGAACUGAGAUUCCAAAUAAUUAUUUUGUGGAAAAUAAUUUAAUGUAUAUUUAAGUGGCUUUAGAUUAUAAUUUUAUAUUUAAGAGAGUGUAUACUAUGUGUAUGUAUAUUAUAUUUAUACAUAUGGCUUGCUUUUAUUUUGAUCUUUGGGUUUUAUUACAACUGUAUAGCUAUAGAGUGAUGGAAAUGUAUUAGACUUUUAAGAGUUAUAAAUUAUAAUAUACUUUAUGUCGGUUCACAAAAGUGAUCUUAUGAUGAUAAGACGGUCUUACACAAAUGUUUCUCAUGUCCUAAUGGUUUGUUUUGGUUUUUAUAUCCUCCUUUUAUCAACCACAUGGCUAAAAUGAGUUGUAUUCAACUUAAUUGUAAAAACUUUAGUCAUUAAUGAUUAUAACGAGAACAAAUAAGUAAACAUUGCAAGUGAAAGAAAGAAUUUGAGAGAGGAAAAACUAGGUUGGGAGCUGAGUUUGGAUCUAUAUGAGCGAAUGAGAUUGAGAAACAAACAAAAAAAAAAAUUCUAUGAAAGAGAAAGAGAGCAAAUGAGAUUGAAUAAAACGAACAAUAUAACAACUCACCUCAAGAUCAAUUGGUCGCAACAAAUAAUAUUGGUGCAUCUCGAUUGUGCACGUAUUUAUAGGAACUAGG